GCUGGGCGCUGUGUACACAGAAGGCGGGUUCGUGGAAGGUGUCAACAAGAAGCUUGGCCUCCUGGGCGACUCAGUGGAUGUCUUCAAGGGCAUCCCCUUCGCAGCUCCCACCAAGACUCUGGAGAACCCCCAGCCACACCCCGGCUGGCAAGGGACCCUGAAGGCCAAGGAUUUCAAGAAGAGAUGCCUGCAGGCCACCAUUACCCAGGAUGACUCCUACGGGGAUGAAGACUGCCUGUACCUCAACAUCUGGGUGCCCCAGGGCAGGAAGCAAGUCUCCCGGGACCUGCCUGUGAUGAUCUGGAUCUAUGGAGGCGCCUUCCUCAUGGGGGCCGGCCACGGGGCCAACUUCCUCAAUAACUACUUGUAUGAUGGUGAGGAGAUCGCCACGCGUGGCAACGUCAUCGUGGUCACCUUCAACUACCGCGUCGGCCCCCUUGGCUUCCUCAGCACUGGGGACGCCAACCUGCCAGGUAAUUACGGCCUUCGGGAUCAGCAUAUGGCCAUUGCUUGGGUGAAGAGGAAUAUUGCAGCCUUCGGGGGGGACCCCAACAACAUCACCAUCUUCGGGGAAUCUGCUGGAGGUGCCAGCGUCUCUCUGCAGACCCUCUCCCCCUACAACAAAGGCCUGAUCCGGCGAGCCAUCAGCCAGAGCGGUGUGGCCCUGAGCCCCUGGGCCAUCCAGAAAAACCCCCUCUUCUGGGCCAAAAAGCUGGCUGAGAAGGUGGGUUGCCCUGUGGAGGACAUUGCCAGGAUGGCCAAGUGUCUGAAGGUGACCGACCCCCGAGCCCUGACGCUGGCCUAUAAGAUGCCGCUGGCAGGCAUGGAGUACCCCAUGCUGCACUACCUGGGCUUCCUCCCUGUAAUUGAUGGAGACUUCAUCCCCGAUGACCCUGUCAACCUAUACGCCAACGCCGCCGACAUCGACUACAUAGCAGGCACCAACAACAUGGACGGCCACAUCUUCGCCAGCAUUGACAUGCCUGCCAUCAACAAGAACAAGGAGGAAGUCACAGAGGAGGACUUCUUCAGGCUGGUCAGUGGGCUCACCAUCACCAAGGGGCUCAGAGGCGCCAAGACUACCUAUGACGUCUACACCGAGUCCUGGGCCCAGGACCCAUCCCAGGAGAACAAGAAGAAGACUGUGGUAGACUUUGAGACUGACAUCCUCUUCCUGGUGCCCACCGAGAUUGCCCUGGCCCAGCACAGAGCCAAUGCCAAGAGUGCCAAGACCUACACCUACCUGUUUUCCCAUCCCUCUCGGAUGCCCACUUACCCCAAAUGGGUGGGGGCAGACCAUGCAGAUGACAUCCAGUACGUCUUUGGAAAGCCCUUCGCCACCCCGCUGGGCUACCGGCCCCAAGACAGGACCGUCUCUAAGACCAUGAUCGCCUACUGGACCAACUUUGCCAAAACAGGGGACCCCAACAUGGGCAACUCGGCUGUGCCCACACACUGGGAACCCUACACCACCGAAAACGGUAGUUACCUGGAGAUCACCAAGAAGAUAGACGGCAACUCCAUGAAGCGGGGUCUGAGAACCAGCUUCCUGCGCUACUGGACUCUUAGCUAUGUGGCGCUGCCCACGGUGACUGAUCAGGAGGCCACCCCUGCACCCCCCGCAGGGGACUCUGAGGCCACCCCUGUCCCGCCCUCGGGUGACUCUGAGGCUGCCCCUGUCCCGCCCUCGGGUGACUCUGAGGCUGCCCCCGUGCCCCCCUCGGGUGACUCUGAGGCCGCCCCAGUCCCCCCGACGGGUGACUCUGAGGCCAUCCCUGUCCCUCCCACUGGUGAUUCCGAGGCCGCCCCUGUGCCCCCCACAGAUGACUCCAAGGGAGCUCAGAUGCCUGCAGUCAUUGGUUUCUAGUAUCCCAUGAGCCUUGGUCUCAAGAGGCCACAAGGGUGGGACCCCAGGGGCUCCCCUCCCCUCUUGAGCUCUUCCUGAAUAAAACCUCAUUCCCCUG